AAAAAUGAACGAAAUGAAGAUUGAUAAUAUUAAUUCAUAUGAGAAAGAAAUAAAAUAUAAAGAGCCACUUAUCAGACAAGUUAAUCAUGGUCCUUUCUCAGAUGAUGAGAAAAACUACAUUUAUGAAUGGGCUAAUAAUCGAACAAAGAAUUGUGACGCGAUUCGAUGGGAAUUUUUACAAAUAGAAAUUCAAAACAAUUUUGUCAGCCAAGGCCCAUUCUCAGAUAGUGAGAAAGACUACAUUUAUAAAUGGGUUAAUAGUCAAAAGGAUUGUGACGUAAUUCGAUGGGAAUUUUUACAAAGAAAAAUUCAAGAAAUCUUUGGUAUAUUCCGUUUACGAAAUGAUCUUAAAUACCAAUGGAAUCGUAAGAGAAGACAAAUUUCGCGGCAAUGCGGUAAUACUAAAGUACUUUCUACUCUUAAUGAAGUUGAUGAAAGAACACCACAAUCUAACCUCACAGAGAAAAUAGAUCCACCUGUCUGCAAAGUUAAUCAUGAUCCAUUCUCAUAUAGUGAGAAAAGCUACAUUUAUGAGGAUUGUGACGUGAUUCGAUGGGAACUUUUACAAAGUGAAAUUCAAAGAAAAUAUGGUAAAUUACGAAAUGCUCUUAAAUCCAAAUGGAAUCAGAAAAUGAUUUAUUUAAAUUAUUUAGAGCCACUUAUCAACCAAGUUAACCAUGGUCCAUUCACAGAUAGUGAGAAAAACUACAUUUAUGAAUGGGUUAGUCGUCAAAAUGAUUGUGAUGUGAUUCGAUGGGAACUUUUACAAUAUGAAAUUCAAAAAGAAUAUGGUAAAUUCCGUUUACGAAAUAAUCUUAAAUACCAAUGGAAUUGUACGAGAAGACAAAUUUCGCGGCAACAUAUUCUUUCUACUCUUAAUGAAGUUGAUGAAAGAACACCACAAUCUAACCUCACAGAGGAGAAAAUAAAUUGUAUGGAUCCACUUGUCUGCAAAGUUAAUCAUGAUCCAUUCUCAGAUAGUGAGAAAAGCUACAUUUAUGAAGACUGUGACGUGAUUCGAUGGGACGAAAUGGUCUUAAAUUCCAAUGGAAUCGAGAAAAUUUAA